CAGCAGCGGAGCGCAUGCACUUAACCACUAAGCCGCGGGGCCGGCCCGUGAAUUUCUUAAAUUAACAUUUGUUAAGUGGAACACAGGGUGCCAGAUGGUGAGUCACGGUUCCACAACAGACCCAGACCACAACAGAAGUCAAAAUAGGGAAGUUUAUACAGGUCCUGGAGGAAGUACAUGGCACACCUCCAGGGGCCACACAGGGAGGUCAAGGCAGGUUGCUGGCAGAGAGAGGCAUGUGGCAGGACCUGGGGCACAUGCCUUUAUUAGGGUUUGUGGGUACAGUGCUUUGGGGUCCACGGGCUUAAGUCCAGGUUGGUCAAUUCAAACCAUAAAGAGCGGGGUUUUGUUAAGCUGCAGCGGGGGACAUAGGGCAUACAGGUGCUGGGAGGCAGGGGAGACUUGAUCACAAGGGCCUUUGGGAAGUCAUAUCAGAAACUUAUUUGAUUGUGACUCUGUGGGCUGCUGUCUAGGGCAGCUGUUUCUGUGAGGGGUGAGUGUCAGUUUAAAGUCCCUGCAGGCUGCUUGGCCACACAAAAUGGAAGCCGAGGCGGCGAUACCAUGGAGUAACUUAGCUAAACUCGCAACACCCUGGAAAUGAGAAGCAUGGCACACCAGGGAGGUCCACAUGAAACCUUGUCACAUGCAGGAAGGAGGGAGUGGGGGAGAAUCUGGGAUUAUGCCUUUAUGAGUAAGGUGGCAGGGAGUACCUAGGUGGUCAUCCGCUGUCGGGCAGGAAGCCAGAACACACAUUGGAGUUUGUUCUCAGGGUGUUUGUAAUAGGAGUUUUGCGAGCCUAGGAAUGCUGACUUGCAACAGGGAGAAGUACACAUCUUUCACUAUUGUUUGGCCUUAUGAUAAAUGAAUGCUAAAUAGACUAAUACAGAAUCUAAGAAGACAGAACAGUCCUAUAUAUGCAGACAGCUGACAACCCUAUUCCCGGUGUGUCCCAGGCACUUACUGAACAUUGCUUAGAUCAGUAAAUACAUCAGGGCACAGCUUUCCUGUUCAUUUUCACUUUUCUGGCAAGUCUUUCAAAAUAUCGUUUCUAUCCCUCCAAGCAAUUAACGGGCCACGUUUUGAAGUGUGAAAAAGAAUCACGUUUUGGAGACAAAAGCCUGAGUGUGGCCAAGGUUUCAGCAUAGCCACAGUUCAGCUCCAUUCUCUGACUUUUCAGACUUCACCGUCUCUUGCUUAAACUUCACUGAGAUAUGACCUUAUGACCUUUCUUUUUUUUUCAUGUCACAAGUAUGUUUCCCUAGAACUAUUUCUGCUACUUUCUUUGGAUAACUACAUAAUCAUUCUUAAUACCUUCUAGUAAUCUCCAUUUCACAAGUGGUUUUCACAAUAAUUUGAACUCCCUGUGAAGACACUAUUGGAAUUUCAGGUGACAUGAUAAAUCACUUCCCAGCAAGAAGAUGAGAUGAUGGGAUCCCAUACGUUUGUCUUGGGGACAAGAUGCUCCCAAGAGCACACACUAUGCCGGCAGAAAAUGGCAUGUGAUAAGUCACCAUUCUUUUCAGAUAGUUUUCAGAUUCUUAAAAGAAUUGCAAAAUACCUUAUAUGGAAUAAAUAAAAAAUAAAUAUUAUUUGAAGAAAUGUGUUUCUCACUGGGUUCGAACACAAUCACGGACUACACAGGCAGGAAAGAUGUUUUUCUGGGGAUCAGAGGCACAGUUACCCCCUUUCUCCGUGUUUCUGUGCCUCCUGUCAUCCAUCCUCCAUCUUUUCCACCGUGGCUGUGUCUGAAGUCUUUUCUUUCUUCUCCUGGGCCAAAUAUUGCAGAAGCUCAUUAAGUUGACUCCCGAGCUUCAGUCUACAUGUAUUUGAAAAGUGACAAGAUAGCUGACAGCUAUGAGUGGUCAUAGAGUGUCAUUACAAUAUGGUCCCUUUGGAUGUGUAGCCUUUGGCAACUUGCUGUACUUCACAAGGUCUGAAAUAACAGGUCUCUAACCUUUUGGUGACUUCCUAGACUGCUCUCCGAGAAAUCUGGGUAUGUUCCCGUUAAGAGCAAGAGAAGCCCCGCCCCAUCCUUGGAAGCUCGGAACUCCUUGUCCCGGGACCCCUGAGCUUGCCACUUGGCCUUUAUUUGUCACAUCAGGAGCGAGUUUUGCUCUGAGAUUCGGGCGGUAGUGGCUGUAGCGGAAACUACAAUACCCAGAAGUCCCCACGGUGAGCGGCGGUGACUGAGCCAAUGAUGGGUUAGGAGAGCGAAGCUUACGUGAUUGCGCGUCGUGUGGGGCGGGGCUUCCGGGAUUGUUUCUCGUCCGCAGGGUUGCUCCCGGUUUUUCCCGGUUCAGGAGCCCGGAGGCGCUUGGUGGGCACCCAGGUGACGGAGCGAAAAAGCGUUACAGAAGACGUUCUCCCCGCUGCACAGAGGCUAUUGUGAGCCCCGACUGAGUCGGGUGAGGACGUGGCGGCCUUGCUCCCGGCCCCGCCUUUCCCACAGGUCGGUGGCGGAGGCCGCGCCGAUGAACUCGCCUGAGGGGGCGGCGGUUGUGCGGUCCCGGUUUGAGCCGGUGUGCUGAGGGCUGGAGGGAGUUCCCUCAGGGCGGCCUGGGCCGAGGCCUGCAGGUGCUUCUGAGUCGCAGCCUCGGCGGCGCCUGGGGGGUCUCGUCCCGAGGGAACAAGGUGAGGAGGAGUCUCGCCCGCAGAGGCAACCUGAGCAGCUGGAAGCCCUGGGAGGUUGGGAGGGGCGGCGGUUGGGAGGGGCGUGCCUGGAGCUCGAGGUUGAAGUGGGUAAGAGCAGGAUGCGAAUGGAGGCCGGUGAGGUCACCGCCACAGACCCCAGGGGAACUAUGGUAGGGGAGGGACCAGGGUGGUGGCCCGAGGGGAGAUGUGAUGAGAUUCUGGAUGGAUUUCAACAAUAGAGCCUCCAGGUUUUCCUGAAGCAUUACGUAAACCUGUGAGCAAAAGUAGGGAGUGAAGGACCGUCUCAAGGUUUCUUUCCCUGAGUUCCCUAAAGUGUAAAGACGGGGGAGUCAGCGCAAGAAACAAGUUUCAUGGGGAAGAUCAUGAGUUGGAUUCGGGACAUGUAAUCCUAAGAUGUCUGAAGAUGGAGAUGCACUGAGGUAGAGACAUCACAUGAGUAUGUGGACGUAAAGAUGUGGAGGCCCAGGAAGGAACCUGGGCUGGAGCUAUCAGCGGGGUGGAGUGUGUGGACUGGACCGGGGCAUGGCCUGGGUUCAGAUUGAGGAGAGUGUCUUAAGAUCAUUAUUUCUGAUGGGCCCUGUAGUAAGUGUCAGGAGGGUUGAGACUUUGAGUGUGGGGCAUAGGGGUUUCAGCAUUCCUGAUGCUCCCUCUGUACAGGAGCAUAUCUGGCAUAAGAGGUAUUUUGGCCUGUGUGCGUGGAAAAGGAUGCCUGGAUGUGAUAAGUUGGUGGCCUGGAUGGAGAUAGAGAUGUAAGGUGGUGUAGACUCAGCCCUGCAGGUCUGCUGAUCUUCGGGGACAAUCCCUGUGGGACAAAGUAACAAUCAAGUUUGUGGAGCAGAGGGGUUCCAGACAAGGGCAGUGCUGUCUCAUCUCCACCUCUCAGGGCAAGAGGAAUGAAGGAGUGCCACCCUCAAGGGGCUCCUGCAAGCGUCCUUCAGAGGAUCGUGUAGCAGGUAGGCUUGUUUGCUGAAAGGAAGAGUAACUGAACUGCCUGCUGAGAGUCUCCCUACAACUCAUUAAAUUCAUAAUGUAUGAAACACUUAUUGAUUAAAAUGUUGGUUAACCAAUAUCCUUCUAAAUCUGUACACAUAGUCAAUUAGAAAUGAACAUCUUCGGGCCGGCCCCGUGGCUUAGCGGUUAAGUGCUCGUGCUCCGCUGCUGGCGGCCCGGGUUCAGAUCCCAGGUGCGCACCGACACACCGCUUCUCCGGCCAUGCUGAGGCCGUGUCCCACAUACAGCAACUAAAAGGAUGUGCAGCUAUGACAUACAACUAUCUACUGGGGCUUUGGGGGAAAAAAUUAAAUAAAUAAAAUUAUAAAAAAAAAAAAAAGAAACGAACAUCUUCAAUAAAUUAAAUAUGCCAACAGUUUAUAAAAAUUGUUCGAAACGUUAAUUUCCCUGUAGUAUUUUCUAACAGCGGAUGUUAUAUAUCCCAUUCUCUGAAAACCUUAGAAAGUAGAAAGUCGUGCCAACCCAGAUUUUCAAAACCCUAUCCCUUCAUUUGCACUGAAAACGUACAAAAUUGUUAAUCUUAUGAAUAGUUACAGCUGACAGGUGGUGUGUACUGUUUAUAUUUAAUACUAUUAUCAGCCCUAUGAGGUGGAAAUCAUUGUUAUCCCCAUUUUAUAGUAAAGGAAUUGAGGCUCAGGAAGGUUCAGUCCUUAUGCAAAGUCGCACAGCUGAUAGUAGUGGCACUGAGGUCAGAGGAACUGAGCUUAUACCAUCAAGCUGAGAUCAUUUUGCUGUAGGGCAGGGCAGGGGUGGUAGUCCACCUCAGCCUAUAGAAUUUUACCAUGGUUGCCCAUUUCUCAUGGCCUCCCUCUUCCCACAGGUUCCCAUGGCAUUUGCAAAAAUGCUUAUGGACCCUGUACAGGUGAAUGGAGGAUGUGUCAGACCUUCAUCCACCCCAAUUAUCACCCCGAUGGUUUUGCCACUCCCAUAUAAAGAAAGGUGGUGUCCCGCGAUUGUUCGCCUAUCCUUCUCCCUCUCUUGGGUCUGAAGUCGCUGUGGUUUCUCCAAGGCCCAGGGUCUUGCACUCAGUCUUGGAUUUUAUGGAGCAGUUCCCAUUUCUGACAGCCAGUGGGGGACUUGUGGUUUUUACAGACGUGGCCAUACAUUUCUCCCAGGAGGAGUGGGGCCUCCUUGAUGAGGCUCAGAGAAGCCUGUACCUCGAUGUGAUGCUGGAGAACUUUGCACUUUUGUCAUCACUAGGUUGUUGGCAUGGAGCCCAGAAUGAGGAGGCACCUUCAGAGCAAGGUGUUUCCAUGAGAGUGUCACAGGUCAGGACUCCAAAGCCAGGUCCGUCCAUCCAGAAAGCCCAGCCCUGUGAGACAUGUAGCUCACUCUUGAAAGACAUUUUGUGCCUGGCUCAGCACGAUGGAACACACCCUGAGCAAGGACUGAACACUUGUGGGGCAAAGCUUUACCAGCGCCAAAGGCAGCAGAUUAACAAGAAACUUUCUAGAAGGGACAAGGGGAGGCCUUUAUUUGUGAAGAACAGCAGUGUUCACAUGACAGAGGGGACCUUGAUGUGCAUCGAAGGUGGGAAGGGCUUCCCAGCUGGCAAAGUCCUUUUGCAUCCCCGGGCCCCUCACAGUGGAGGGAAGCCACACAGGGACACUGAGGAUGGAGAGGCCUUUGAAAAUGGACAAAAUGAUUACAAGUGCACUCGAUGUGGGAAAGCCUUCAGCCAUAAAUGCAUACUUGUUGACCAUGAGAAAAUCCACCCUGGAGAAAAGCUUUAUGAGUACAGAGAAUGUGUGAUGGCCUUCCUUAGAAAGUCCCACCUUGAUCAGCACCAGAAAGUCCACACUGAAGCUGGGCUUUAUGAGCACCUGGAAUGUGGAGUAUUCUUUAAACAAAUAUCUGGCCUCAGUGACCACCAGAGAAUUCACACCAGGCCAAGGCCUUUUGAGUGCAGCCAAUGUGGGAAGGCCUUCCUUAGACUGUCCCGACUCAUUGUUCACCAGAAAAUCCACACUGGAGAAAGACCUUAUGGUUGCAGUGAAUGUGGAAAAUUCUUUAGGAACCACUCCACCCUCACUAGACAUCAGAGAGUUCACACUGGAGAAAGGCCUUACAAGUGCAGUGAAUGUGGGAAAGCUUUUACCCGCAAACAUAAACUUGUUGAGCAUCAGAAAAUCCAUAGUGGUGAAAAGCCUUAUGAGUGCAGCGAAUGUGGGAAAGCUUUCAGCCGCAAGGACAAAGUUGUUGAGCAUCAGAAAAUCCACACUGGAGAAAGGCCUUUUGAGUGCAACGAAUGUGGGAAAGCUUUCAGACGCAAACAUAAACUUGUUGGGCAUCAGAAAAUCCACACUGGGGAAAGGGCUUAUGAGUGCCACGAAUGUGCCCCUGGCAACCUCCACUGUUUUCUGCCUCUGAAUUGGACUGCUCUAGCUGCCUCAUGUGAGAAGAAUCAUACAGUGUUUGUCUUUUUUUGCUGUAUGUGGGACGCGGCCUCAGCAUGGCCGGAGAAGCAGUGCGUCCGUGCGCGCCCGCGAUCCGAACCCAGGCCGCCAGUAGCAGAGCACGCGCACUUAACCGCUAAGCCACGGGGCCGGCCCAUUGGUUUUCUUUUAUUGUGCUUCUCAAACUUUAACUUUCAUCAGAAUCUGAUGAAAAACACAGAUUGCUGGGCUCCACCCCCAAAGGUUCUGAUUCAGAGGUAGGGCAGAAAAUUCACAUUUCCAACAAGUUACCAAUGAUGAUGUUGCUACUGUGGAGGGACCACAUUUUGAGGACUACUGUUCCAUUUUUAUAAAAUUGUACAUAUUCUGUAUAUAUUCCUUGUUUCCAUAUAUACUAUUCUAUAGUCAUUUCAUUGACUAAUUUCUUCCAGGAUUUACAACUAGGAAAGAAGUUGGCAUCUUUCUUAAAUAUACAUCUUUGUAAAAUAGCAAACCAGUGUCACCAUGAGCAGUUGCACACUGUAUCCCUUGGGUCCUUUUCCAAUGCAGUUCCUAUCUAGAUACUUACCAAUGUGUAAUCUUGUAUAAGAAUGUAUUUUAGUAAGACUAUACUAAAUUUUAAGGGAUUUAUUUGAAAGCACAAAAUAGAGCAAUUAAUUUACUUAUGCACCUGCCCCCCUCCCUGGCAGUCAGAUCCCUCUCAGUGGAAUGGUGAGCUCUCACUGACUUUGCUCUGCUUCUUUCCUGACACUUCCCUAUCUUCAUGUGUAAUUUCUCCUGACCUUACCUGUUAAUGAGUUCUACUGCAGCAAAUAGAGAUUAUUUUAUGUCCAAAAGAGAUGGAAUCUAUCAGGUAGGAUUUGUGUUGCUGUGAAUAAUUACACAAAACUAUAAAUUAUCUCAUGGGAUUUGGGGAAUUUUUUAUUGGGACACUCCCUUUGGCUAUUCUGUUAUAAUAAAAAACACAGCAUCAAGGGAAAAAUUUUAGUUUUCCAAGAAUAAGCAAGACUGCAUCAUGUAUUGGAACUGCAUCGUGUAUAAACGACAAAAGAGCUUUUAAGUGUGGACAGUAACUCGGAGCAAAAGAGUUCUUUAAAGUGAGGAAGUGAAGUGUAAGCUUAGUUACUCAAAUUUAAGUUACAUAUGAAGUGAUUGUCAGUAAAACUUUAUGAACCAUCUGCCUUCUACACAAAUGUCCACCAAAACAUCAUUCUAGAAUUUUCUCUUCAUUUUUAAAUACUUUUUUUUAGUGUCUUCAAGUUAUGUCUUUGGGUCAUGAAAAUUCUUAGAAACUUUUAAAAUAGUUUGUCAUUUUUUAUAGUGAUAAAAAAUACAUAAUAUAAUUUACUAUUUUAGUCACUUGUAAGUAUUCAGUUCUGUUGUAAUUAGUCAGAAUUAUCCAGAGAAACAGAACCAAACUAAUGUGUUUGUAUGUGUGUGUAUACAUAUACAUAUGUAUAUAGACAGAUUUAUUUUAAAGUAUUGGAUAUCAUGAUUAUGUUGGCUUGGCAAGUCCAAAAUCUUCAGGGUAACCUUGCAGGCUGGAGACUUAGGGAGGAAUUGCAGUGCAAGUCCAAAGGCAGCUGGGAAAAUUCUUUCUUGCUUAUGUAGGUCACCUCUUUUCUAUUAAUGCCUUCAAAUGAUUGAAUGAGGCCUACUCACAUAAUGGAGGUAAUCUGCUUUACUCAUAGUCUAUUGAUUUAUACGUUAAUCUCAUCUAAAAAAAACGCUGAAAGAAACAUCCAGAGUAAUGUCUAACCAAAUAUGUGGGUGCCAUGGUCUAGCCAGGUAGACACACAAAAUUAACCCCACAUGUGGUAUUAAGUCCAUUCACAUUGUACAGUCACCACUACCAUCCAUUUCCAGAACUUUUUCAUCUUUCCCAACUGAACCUCUUUUUGUACCCGUUGAACACUGUCUCUCCAUCUCCACUCCCCCCAACCCCUGCAAACCAUCAUUCUACUUUGUAUCUCUCCUUUCUCUGAAUUUGACUAGUCUAGGAACCUCAUAUAAGAGGAAUCAUACAAUAUUUAUCCUUUUGUGACUUGUUUAUUUCACUUAGCAUAAUGUCUUCAUUUUGGGAAUUUUGACUGUUAAUCUCUCUUUUAAAUAAUAUAUUGCUUAGAAAAAAAGAUCUUGAAUUAAAAGAUUAUUAUUUCUUCAUUUUUUAAGGAUAUUAUUCUAGACUUGCAUUCACUGUUUUUGAUCAAAACUCAUGGCUCUCAUUUUUCUUCCAAAGUGAUUGUCAACUUGUAGAAUUUUCUUUUUAUCCUUGAUAAAGUACUUUAUUUUCAUGUGACUAGUUAUGGAUUAUUCUUUUCUAAAUAUUUCUGUCUCAUUAAAUUUUCCUCUUAUUCAUAGAGUCUAUGUUCAGGUUCCUU